AUGGUGCAAGCAUCCACUGAGCAUGCGAAGAUAAGUCUGUCUGCCGCCUCACCAACCCCCUCGGAAGGACUGGACGAUAUAGAGGCGGAGAUGGAACCGUUAGACUUGAGUCUCUCCUCUGUCUCCGCAACAACAUCCAGAUUGGAGGAGAGUGUCAAGAGCUACUUCUCUUCGCCCAUUUGUAGUGUGGAGGAGACGCGUAUUCCCUUGGCCUCACCAGAGGCGCCGUUUCAAGUAAACUCCUCAACCUCUACGACAUUGCUACAGCUCUACCAUAUCCUAACCUGCUUUCGCUUGUGGAGAUCCACCGCUAUGGAACAACCAAUCCAAAGUGAAAUGGACGUGGUACCCACUUUUCUUUCCAUCGCUUCUAUGCCUUCACUUCCCCUUGCUCCAGCUCCUCCUGUUCCUGCUCUUUCUCCCAUCUCGGCUAUUCAACAACGAGGAAGUGCCAACGUCCACAGGCCAAUUGAUUCCGAGGAACUGAAGUUCCCAACGUUCAGCAAACCUCUGCGUAGACCACUCCGGACCCCAAUUACUAUAGCAAAAGCACCACUACGCAAGCGAGAUCCGCACGGAAGCUCAGCGCCGACGUAUCUCUGCUCCCACUGUGGACGAGGGUUCACGAAGGCCUACAAUCGUACGAUUCAUGAGAGGACACACACGGACGAGCGGCCCUUCGAAUGCACGGUCUGCGCGAGACGAUUUCGGCGAAAGGACCACUUGAGGGAUCACAGCUACACACAUCUCAUGAAGAAGCCUUUCUCGUGCACCUUCUGCAAUCGCGGUUUUUGUCAAGCACGUUCGUUGGAAAACCACAAGAAGACCAAUCAUUCAGACUUAUCAUCAAUAGAUGUGACGUCAGCAAAUGAACAGAAGGAUGAUUGA